GUUCAAUUCGUCCAAUGACGGGAAUCGCCGGCCAGAAUUCUUGACCACCAAGCUACCGAACCAUCACGAAAUCAAUCCUGCGCGACGAACAAUCCAAAACAACGCUCCGAGCCGAAGCAACGUCACCACAGACCUGUCCAGGGAAACACGCACGUCACAAUGUCUGCCGCCUCAUCCAUCUACAACCUCCUGUUCCGACGGAACGCCGCCAUGCUCGGCACCGUCUUCGCCGGCGCUUUCGUUUGGGAGAUUGGAUACAACACGCAAAUGAACAAGCUCUGGGACAGCAUGAACCGUGGCCGCCAAUGGAAGGACAUCCGCCACAAGUACGUCGAGGCCAGCGAGGAUGACGAGUAAACGAGGGCGACCGAUUGGAACAAAGCACUAGACAGAAUCAAGAGCGAAAAGCUCGGGCUCCCGGGCCUUUGAGCUUGGGCGCAUAGUGUACAUCAUACUCAGUUUUGUACUGAUUAGGGGUGGGCGCAUCUAGACGGAUAACUUAUAUUUCGUUUUUGACA